UUUUGAUUCAUGUCGUCAGAUCCUAUGAAUAGUUACAUUUAGUGUAUGCGUCGAAAGAUUGCGUGUGAGAUUAUAUUAAUCAGUUGCAAUGGUUAUUGUCUAUUUUAGCUGAUGUAGCACGAAAUUAUUGAGCUGGAUGUCUUUUUUAGUAUCAUUACUCAAGACAUAUGCGAUUUCCGGAAAGAGUAUCGCUGAUAAAACCUUAGGUUGGCAGAGGUAUAGUACGAUGGCAGUGCCUAGUAGAGCCCGGGUCUAUGCCGAUGUCAACUCACAAAAGCCACGAGAGUAUUGGGACUAUGAAAGCUAUGUGGUGGAUUGGGGGAAUCAAGAGGACUACCAGUUGGUUCGUAAACUCGGGCGCGGAAAAUACAGUGAAGUAUUUGAGGCAAUAAAUAUCACAAAUAAUGAGAAGUGUGUAGUUAAAAUAUUGAAGCCUGUUAAAAAGAAGAAGAUAAAAAGAGAAAUAAAAAUAUUAGAAAACCUAAGAGGAGGCACAAAUAUAAUAACAUUACAAGCAGUAGUCAAAGACCCUGUGUCUCGUACCCCUGCUCUAAUUUUUGAACAUGUCAAUAACACUGAUUUUAAACAGUUAUAUCAAACUCUUUCAGAUUAUGAUAUAAGGUAUUAUUUGUAUGAACUUCUGAAAGCAUUAGAUUAUUGCCACAGUAUGGGCAUCAUGCAUAGAGAUGUGAAGCCUCAUAAUGUGAUGAUUGAUCAUGAUAAUAGAAAGUUGCGUCUCAUUGACUGGGGGUUAGCAGAGUUUUACCACCCAGGCCAAGAGUACAAUGUUCGUGUUGCUUCUAGAUACUUUAAGGGUCCUGAAUUAUUGGUGGAUUAUCAAAUGUAUGAUUAUUCUUUAGAUAUGUGGUCAUUAGGAUGCAUGUUAGCAUCGAUGAUCUUCCGUAAGGAGCCAUUCUUCCAUGGUCAUGACAAUUAUGAUCAACUUGUGCGUAUUGCGAAAGUGCUUGGCACUGAAGAGCUAUUUGAAUAUUUGGAUAAAUAUCAUAUAGAGUUGGAUCCUCGGUUUAAUGAUAUUCUUGGCAGACAUUCACGCAAACGAUGGGAACGAUUUGUGCAUUCUGAAAAUCAACAUUUGGUGUCACCUGAAGCACUAGAUUUCCUGGAUCGUUUGUUGCGUUAUGAUCAUUACGAGCGUUAUACUGCUCGUGAAGCAAUGGAUCAUCCAUACUUCUAUCCAAUUGUAAAAGAACAGGGUCGAAUGGUGUCCUCUAAUUCUCCAACCCCUAAUGCAUUGCAAGGACCAAUAAGUGCUGCAGAAUAAUUGUUACAAAGGCCCAGUAAUGCUCUGUAUUGCUAUGUAUUGAAUAUAUACCUGUACAAGAUUCCAGAUGAGACUUUGUAACAUAAACACCAACAACCAAGAACCCACUGACAGUGUAAAUAUCUACACUAGGAACACAGCGAAGAGUACCAUCUCUGUGCUACUGACAACUUUAUGUAAUUCCAAUGUCUGAUGAAUGAAAAUAUAAUUUGGAAAGACAAUAUAAUUUAGUGUUUAAUAUUAGUAAAUCUGGUUUAUGCAUUGUUUUAAAAGUGUUUAUCUUGGAUAUAAACUGCUGAAAAGUCCAUGACAUGAUCAUGUACUGAAACUGUUACUUUGUGAGUAUCUGGUGUGGUGGGUGGGUUUAAAUUUGUCUCGGUGAACAAUAUUUUUUUUAUGAAAAUCAAUAUUUAUUAUUGACAUAAACAAGAUAUCUCGAGUUUCAUUGCACUUGAUCUUUUGCAUUUAUUAACCUAUGGUAUUGAUAUUGUAAUUACUUGUAUAAUAUAUUGGUAACACCUGCAUACCAUUUGCAAAUACUGGUUAGCAGCUUUUCGUUGGUACUCUAUUUAAAAUUUUGUAUUUAUGUAAUAGAAGUAAAAUGUAGAUAUGUGUGAUAUAAAUACAAAAUUUUAAGAUUAUUAAGUAAUCGUUUUCUUUUAUUACAUAUUUUAUAAAGGAGACCAGUAACUUCUUAUUAUUAGACAAUGUCGGAUUAAAUAUUGUUUCUAUUAGUAUAUUUUUAGCAAGUUACGUUAGCUGUCUUUAUACAUAAUAAUAUACCUAGCUAAAAUCAAUCGAAUCUUCGGUUUGAAGAGGAGCCUCAUUGAUUAUAAUUUAUUUUUAGUGUGAUAACACGAAGUUGUUGCAUCAAAAUUUUCUUAAUAAACAGUACUAACUUUUGCCUGGAAA